GCCCGUAAAAAAGACAGACGAGGAGGAAGAAGAAGAAGAAGAGUUGUCACAGGACUAGGAGGCCGCGAACACAUUGUCCUUUUUCCUCUUUUCUCUGCAUCCGAGGCACCCCUGAGGUACCCAUUACCCUGGGACACUGAUGAAGGCCAGGACCACGGGGUGUGUUCCCCCCCUGUGGCGGCAUGUGGGUGGUGGUCGUCACUAGCCCCAGAGACCAUGAGCAAGACGGUGCUGCUCCUCAACGGCCGGACGGUGAUACUGACGGACGAUGGCGGGGAGGGCCACGGCCUGGGCCUGGCGGGGGAGGCGCCCGACCAAGCCAAGGGGCACCCCGGGGCAGGGGGCGUGAUGCAGGUGACGGUUGGGGGCCAGGGCCGGGGGGGCGAGGCGGUGGUCCAUAGGGUGCUGGGCCACUCCCUGCUGCACCCCGGCGACCCGGCCAGCAGGAGCGCCGUGGCCGAGGGAGGCUUUGUGCCUCUGCAGGGCAGCGGCUGUCUGGCCCAGCAGCAGGCCGGGCCAGGUGAGGUGUUCACCCUGGCACAGCUGCUGCCACACACCACCGAGGACGAGGCCAGUGCCAGCACUGGCCAGCAGCAGGGCAGCAGUGUGCAGGGCCUGGACGGCCUGGGGGUGAGGGUAUUGCCGGCCAGUGAGGAGGGCCAGGCCAAGGGUGUAUCCACGCUGGUGGCCAUCAUCCAGGCCGAGGACGGCACCAGCCAGACCAUUGAGCUCACCCCGGAGGACGCGUGUCAGCUUGGGCUGCCCCAGCUGCUGCAGGACACCUCCACCACCUCCUCCACCACCCUGCAACCUCUGCCUGACCCCCUGGUGCUGGCUGCCACGGCCGGGGAGGCGGCCCACCCACACCAGGCCCCGGAGUGUGUGCCGGUGUUCCCCGAGGGCCAGGCGGGGCCGGGGGUGGGGCAAGAGGCCGUGGGGGGUGAGGGGGAGGAGGCAGAUGUCAGCCUGGGGCCGUUGCUGCUGAUCCCAGAGUACAACGCUGACGGAAGCAUCGCCACAGUAAUGCAGAUCCGUGGCUCAGGUGCCGAGGCCGUGCCAGACACCGCCAGGCCCAGUGAGGCCCCGGGCCACAGCACCGCCCUGCUGGCCACCACGGACGCCCCAGCCCGGCCCAGCCACAGCGUGCAGAAGAUCAGGCUGCCCCUGGCCCCCCAGGUUCCCCCGGCCCCUGCCCCCACCCCCAGGAAACAGAGCUGUCUGAGGGCAGUGGCCCCAGAGGUGCAGGCAAUGGCCCAGCCUGGCCCCAGGGUGCCCAGCACCAGCCUCCUCAGGGACGCGGCCAAGAGGACCAAGUUCAGGAACCUGACGUCCCUCCUGGAGGCCAGGCAGGACCCCCCGGCCACACGGCCCCCCACCCCACCCCAGCCAGCGCCGGCCAUCACCAGUGCCGGGCCAGGGCCAGCCACCACCACCUCUGUCUCCCUGUAUCACCCCACCACCACCACCACCACCACCACCUCACCACUGCCAUCACUAUCCCAAGACUUGGCCAGCACCUUCACCAUCAAGGUAAACACUGGCCCCAUCAACACCACCGCCACCACCACCACUGACACAGCCACCACCACCAGCGCCCCGGCCGUGGCCACACCCUCGCCCUCCAUCAAGUGUGCAGAGGCCGAGGGUGUUGAAGAUGGUCCCAGUCUGUCCGAAGGUGACCAGACCAGCCUCACCUCCAUUGUGUACUCCGCCUCAGGGCACGACGACACCCCCUUCGCCGUCCACCUCCCAGGCGGCGACAACACCAAGCCCCUAGGGUCCAGCGAGAACCCCAUACAGCUGGUGCAACAGGGCAACACCUUCCAGGCCCUUCAGCCGGUGCAGGAGAGGCAGCUGGAGCAGAUCACCACACUCCUGCAGCAGAGGAGGAUCUCGGGGCCGCUGACGACUCACCGCGAUGAGAUCUUCGACCCUAAGACCAACAUGAAGAUCGUAUAUAAGGUCGUCUAUCCAGAGCACGAGGAGGAUACGGAAGACCACGAGGAGGAGGAGGAGGAAGAGGAUGAGGAGGUGGACGUGGGAAGCUACAUUAAGGAGGAGGAGGAGGAGGAGGAGGCAUUGGAGAGUCAGAAUAUCCUUGGCAAGAAGAGAGGAAGGAAACCUAAGAAGACCAAGCUGGAGGAAGACCCAUUGGAGGAUUAUGUCACGGAAGACAGCUGGGAGGGUAAGCAGCCAUGUUCUCGCACCCGGUCCGGUAGAAUCUCCCGGCCUCCGAGACACAUGGUCAAGGACUUCAAACACCUCCGGCCGCCCUCCUACGAGAGUGCCAAGGACAGGGCCGAGGGGGGGGAGGAUGCCGACAGCCUUCCCCCAGAGCCUGAGAAGGUGCCGGAACCAGUCAUCGCUGACCUGCCACGCCGCAAGAAGAGAGCAGUGCCGGCCCUGACCCGCCUCCGUUACACCUGUGCGACCUGCGGCAAGCUGUACAUGGGGAGGAUCGAGGCCCACUACCGCCAGUUCCCGGACCACUGCCGCAAACCACUGUCGGAGGGGGACCACAAACCGUCAUACUCCGCCAUCAGAUCGCUCUCGGAGGCGGCGAAAUCGAGCGGAGACGAUGCCAGCGAGAUCAAGUCCGUUCUGAGUCCAACCCCCGGAACGCAAGCCUCGGACACCAACAGCGAACCAGGCCUGCCCAUGGAGACCCUCACCGCGCUCACCACAGCCACCACGCAGCCCCAGGACGACCCACUGGGGAUGCGGGUUGAGUUUGAAGACCCCCAGCAGCCCCCAGUUACACCCAGGAGAGGGAGGGGGCGACGGAAGGGCCGAGGGAGGAGCAGGGGUGGGCGUCGGGUGGGCCGCCCGCCGCGCACCUCAACGUCCCUGGCUACUCUGCACCCCAAGCCAAUUAAGGUGCUGGAGAAGAUCCUGAGCUCCUACACCUCCCAGGACAUCCAGAGUGCAGUGGGCCAGCGCCUCUUCCAGAAUCUCAGUCCCUGGCAGAUGUUGUGUCUCCAGGUGGACAGGGACGGUGCUUGGCCUCAGUGGCAAGACAGACUCCGCUUACUGGAGGAUCUCUUGAAGGAGUGUCGUGAGGAGUUCCACAGCCAGACAGAACCCUUGCCCAGACCCUCCAGUAGCCCACGGGGGGAGAGGGACCUGUGUGCCUCCCCCAGGGUACCCGACAGAGCUGGGAAUGUGUCGGAUAGGGGUGGGAAGGCCUGUGACUCUGAGGUUUUUAUGAGAAGCAGCGUUGAGUCCCUCGGGGUCAAAGGAUCGGGCCAGACAGAUUCCAAUGCCAUUGUUAUUGACGGAAGUGGAGGUUUUGAGCGUCUUGGCAAGGGCAGUGGUGGUGACUUCCUAUGUGCCAAAGGAGAAGGGGGAACCGAGGCAGACUUUAACAGCACUCUGGCCAGGGAGGAAGGCACCAACUUUGAGGUGUCCAACUACCUCGCCAACAUUCUGGGCGUCAUGAGCUGUGAGUACCAGUUGAAGUCCUCGCCCUCCUCCACCCCCUCCCCAGUACCUCCCCUGGACUCCUACCUCCCCCAGCUGACCACCGUGACCUCUGGAAAGCGGCCCCUGGAUGAGGAAGGUUGCGAGGAUGUUGAGUCACCUCCGAAGAAGCUCGAGACUGACUCGGACGUAACCAUGAGUCAAGAGCCGGACAGCAUAAAAGCAAGCAUCAGUGAGCCUGUCGGGAGGAAAUACAGCAUUACCAUGGACUGUAUCAGCAUGGAGACACCCGCGGAUAAGCCCAGUGUCAGCAUGGGGAGUGUGGGCAUCACCAACACAAAUAAACUCGAGGGUAGUGUCAGCUUAGUGGAACGCACGGAUGAGCUCGACAAGGACAAGUAUGGUGGUGAUUUGAACUGUGUGAGCAUGGAAACGGCCACGGACAACGCCAGCAUGGGCAUGGGGUGUGUGGGCAUGGGUCCGGACACUGUCAAAUCCAAGGACAAGUUCACCGUGGGCCUGGACGCAGCGACAGACAAGCCCGGGAGUAAGUUCAGCCUCGGGAUGGACUCAGUUCGCUCAGCACUCGAGGCGGCCACUUGCAACCUGCCACUCAGCGCGUACUCCCUCCCUGAUGUCACGGCGAGUCACACUGAGCCUACGCCAGGGAUACUCAGCACCUCCACCGACCUCAGUACCACACCACACACCACACUCACCACCACACACCCUAACAUACCCACUACGACCCUACCAAUCGAGAUCCCAAGUUUCUCCACCAGUAUGACGUCCCCUCCAUGCCUGCCGCUCAGCACAAUAGACUCAGCGUUCAGCACCACCACCAUGCCGCAAGUUAGCACCAUGCAGCAGCUUCCUCUCGGGGACAUGGACAUAACGGCUGAGGACUUACCGAGGCUGCUCAGCGAGGGCACAGGACUCGUCGUGGGCACCAGCAAUGACGGAUGUGAUGCCCCGAAACUCCUUGACACAUCCGGCGAUACGACCGACCUCAGCGAGAUGCUCUUCAAGCUCCAGGAAGCAACCGCCGGGAUCACCCACACCCAGGAAUCCAAUCUUGGGUCACAGAUGUAUCAAGUGAGUGUUGCAAAUCAUCAGCUCCAGGGCAUACACACGCACACACAUCCAGGGGUCGGGCUGACGGGGCAACCCUUCAGCCAGCACGCACAACACACGAACACGCUCACACACACAGAGACGAGGCAGAGCGUGGAGCCGUCAAUGCCUAUCCUGACGUUCUCUGGAGCUCUGAAUUCGGACUUUCACAACACGCCAUCGCUGAGCCAGGUCAUCGGUCAGCCCCAGGACGCCAAGAUGCAACUCAGCGCUGACUUCCACAGUAACCCCACGCUCAGCCAGGUCAUCAGUCAGGCCCAGGAGACUAACAGUUCUGACUUCCACACGACCUCCACCCUCAGUCAGGUCAUCAGUCAGGCUCAGGACUCGAACAAAAUGCAACUUAACACUGAUUUCCACAGCAGUCCCACGCUGAGUCACGUCCUUGGUCGCGGCGAGGAUGGCAAACCAAUACAAAUGAACGCGGAUUUUCACGGCAGUAACGCCCUCAGUCAGGUCAUGGGGGAGGGAGGAAAAGGAUUACGACUUGACCCGAACUUCCACGGCGAAUCCGGGUUGAGUCAGGUCAUGAACCGAAGCAGCGAGAACAAGAUCCAGCUCAAUUCAACCUUCCACAGCGUUAACCGAGGUGAGGAAAAUAAAAUCCAGCUUGACUCGAACUUCCAUGGCGGUUCAGGGAUGAGUCAGGUCAUGAACCGAACCGACGAGACCAAAAUCCAACUCAACCCGACCUUCCACAGCGUCAACCAAGGCGAGGAAAAUAAAAUCCAGCUUGACCCGAACUUCCACGGCGGUUCCAGGUUGAAUCAGGUCAUGAACCGAAACGACGAGAACAAGGUCCAACUCAACCCAACCUUCCACAGUGUCAACCAAGGCGAGGGAAACAAAAUCCAGCUUGACUCGAACUUCCACGGCGAUUCCGGGUUGAGUCAGGUCAUGAACCGAAACGACGAGAACAAGAUCCAACUCAAUUCAACCUUCCACAGCGUCAACCAAAGCGAGGAAAAUAAAAUCCAGCUUGACUCGAACUUCCAUGGCGGUUCAGGGAUGAGUCAGGUUAUGAACCGAAGCGACGAGAACAAGAUCCAACUCAACCCAACCUUCCACAGCGUCAACCAAGGCGAGGAAAAUAAAAUCCAGCUUGACUCGAACUUCCAUGGCGGUUCAGGGAUGAGUCAGGUUAUGAACCGAAGCGACGAGAACAAGGUCCAACUCAACCCAACCUUCCACAGCGUCAACCAAGGCGAGGGAAACAAAAUCCAGCUUGACCCGAACUUCCACGGCGGUUCCGGGUUGAAUCAGGUCAUGAGCCGAAACGACGAGAACAAGAUACAACUCAACCCAACCUUCCACAGCGUCAACCAAGGCGAGGAAAACAAAAUUCAACUUGACCCGAACUUCCACAGCGAUUCCGGGUUGAGUCAGGUCAUGAGCCGAAGCGAUGAGAACAAGAUCCAGCUUGACCCGACAUUCCACAGUGACACCCGAAGCCAGGACAAGAAAAUCCGGGCCAUUCUUAGUGAGGUGACCGACCACUGUGGACCCUCAGGGCAGAGCAGCGACGCCAAGCCUGAGGACGGCGAGCAAAUCCACCUUGGCUUCGGAACGGCAAAUCUUGGGAUGAGUACGUUCGAGGAGUUACUGAAGAGCUAGACGGCGAUUCUGGAAGACUAACUGCGCUUAAUAGACAGUUGUGUGUGUCUGAAGAGUUUGUCGAUGUAGAGAUAGUGACGGUUAGUAUGGGGUUGACGGCGAUUCUGGCAGACUUACUGCGCUUAAUAGACGGUUGUGUGUGUCUGAAGAGUUUGUCGAUGUAGAGAUCGUGAUGGUUAGUAUGGGGUUGACGGCGAUUCUGGAAGACUUACAGCGCUUAAUAGACAGUUGUGUGUGUCUGAAGAGUUACUCGACAUAGAGAUAGCGACGGUUAGUAUGGGGGUCAUGGCGAUUCUGGAAGACUUACUGCGCUUAAUAGACAGUUGUGUGUGUCUGAAGAGUUUGUCGAUGUAGAGAUCGUGAUGGUUAGUAUGGGGUUGACGGCGAUUCUGGAAGACUUACAGCGCUUAAUAGACAGUUGUGUGUGUCUGAAGAGUUACUCGACGUAGAGAUCGUGACGGUUGGUAUGGGGUCCACGGCGAUGCUGGAAGAGUUACAGCACUUAAUAGACGUUUGUGUGUGUCUGAAGAGUUCGUCAAAAUACAGAUCGCAACGGAUAUUUGGGGUCCACGGCAGUGCAGGAAAAGUCACGGCAUUUAUAGACGAUUGUGUGUGUGUCUGCUAGUCGGUGUGAACCAUUCCAUGUAUAGACGAAGUGACCGUUUUAAUGUAAUGACCCAGACCCGAACGCAACCCUUAAGUACCUCAUGAUAACCUUGUGUCAUGUAUAAGGAACUGGCUGACCUUUUUGUGUUGCAUAUAAGGGACUGACUGACCUUGUGUUGUUUAUGAGCGAUUGAGUGACCUUGUUUUGCAUAUAAGGGACUGGCUGGCUGACCUCAUUGUGUUAUGUAUAAGGGUCUGAGUGACCUUGUGUUGCAUAUAAGGAACUGGCUGGCUGACCUUGUGUUUAUGUAUAAGGGACCGAAUGACCUUGUGUUGUUUAUAAGGGACUGACUGGCUGACCUUGUUUUGUAUAUAAGGGACUGGCUGGCUGACCUUGUGUUGUAUAUGAGGGACUGAGUGACCUCCUCGUGUUGUGAAUUUUUCUACUACCAAAUACUGGGACUUCUGUAUACCAUGUGUCUGUAAGGCCUGUUGUGAUAGCUCGUAACAAAACCUUCAAUAUUUAUGAUCCACUGCACA